CUUCUCUCUCUCCCUUUUCUAACAGUGAAGUAUAUGCGACGCCGAGACGUUCUUCUCUGCAACUCUUCUCCGGAACCCUAACCGUCGAUACCUCAACGGGGAUCGCUCUCACGUCCGGCGAGGCGUAUCUGAGCUACAAGAUGGAUGUUGAUCAGUCUGAUUCACAGAAGGCUCAGACCUUACAAUCCCUAACCAGUGGUUCUCUCGGUUCGUCUCUGUCCAAGCUCGCCGGCUCUUCCCGGGGUAUUCCGGCCGACAAAGACUUUCACUUUUAUUACAGCUUCGACGAAUUCAAAAUCCCGAUACAGAGCAUCGAGCGGCAAUCUCAGUCGAUGCUCGAGACCAUUGGCUCGUCCGCCGAAGUUUGGGGCAAGGAAAUGGCGUUCCCUGAGGAUACCGACGACGCGUAUGAUUGGUUAGUUAAUGUUAAUGAUGAAAUUUUUGAGCGGUUUGAUAUGUCUCUGGAUGAGUUUCAGAGGAUUCGGAAGGAGGAGGAGGAGAGUGGGAGGGCUGUGGCUUUAAUGGCGGACUCUAACGAUGGGUUUCAGUUGGUGUGUGGGAAGAAGAAGAAAACUCCGAGUCAUGGAGACGAGGUGCAUGAUUCGAGUUUUGAGUCGAGUGUGAAGGUUGCUACCAAGGAUAGGAAAACUUUGGGGGUGAAGCCGAAAGUGCCAUUUCAUAUACCGACUAUCCGUAGACCGCAGGAUGAGUUUAAUAUUUUGGUUAAUAAUUCAAAUCAGCCGUUUGAGCAUGUCUGGUUGGAAAGGAGUGAAGAUGGCUCGCGGUUUGCACAUCCACUGGAGAAGCUCCCUGUAUUGGACUUUGUCGAUAAGAUUAAUGCAGAUUUUCAACCUGUUUAUCCACCAUCUUUGGAUUGUACUCCCUUCAAAUUCAUAGAGGAAGUCAAUGAUUUGAAAGAACUGGCUGCUAAAUUGCAAGGAGUUAAUGAAUUUGCGGUUGAUUUGGAACAUAACCAGUAUCGAUCUUUUCAAGGACUUACAUGCCUGAUGCAAAUUUCUACAAGAACUGAGGAUUUUGUUGUAGAUACGCUGAAGCUCAGAAUUCAUGUGGGGCCCUACCUGAGAGAGGUUUUCAAGGAUCCUUCAAAGAAAAAGGUGCUGCAUGGAGCAGAUCGAGACAUUGUGUGGCUUCAACGGGAUUUCGGGAUUUAUAUUUGCAACUUGUUUGACACUGGGCAGGCUUCAAGAGUAUUGAAACUGGAAAGAAAUAGUCUGGAGUAUCUCCUUCAUCACUUUUGUGGUGUUGCAGCUAAUAAAGAGUACCAGAAUGCAGAUUGGAGAUUAAGACCUCUCCCUGAGGAGAUGCUGAGAUAUGCGAGGGAAGAUACACAUUAUUUGCUGUAUAUUUAUGAUUUGAUGAGGAUGAAACUGUCCUCAAUGCCCCGUGAAUCUGAAGAAUCUGAUUUUCCUCUGGUAGAGGUUUACAAGCGGAGUUGUGAUGUAUGCCUGCAUCUUUACGAGAAGGAGCUGUUGACUGAAAACUCAUAUCUUUAUGUGUACGGAUUGCAGGGUUCUGGUUUCAAUGCACAACAACUUGCUGUUGCUGCAGGUCUCUUUGAGUGGCGAGAUGCUGUUGCCCGUGAAGAGGAUGAAAGUACCGGUUACAUAUUGCCAAACAAAACGCUUCUUGACAUUGCCAAGCAGAUGCCUGUCACAAUUAACAAAUUACGUAGACUACUGAAAUCAAAGCACCCAUUUCUUGAGCGCAAUCUUGCUUCAAUUGUUACCAUCAUUAGGCAUUCGAUGCUGAAUUCUUGUGCAUUCGAAGAGGCUGCUGAGCGUUUGAAGGAAGCCUGUGCAGAGGCGGCAUCAGAAGAACAGGCAUCCACUAGUGAACAUCAAGAUACGAAUAUAUCAGAUAUUUCAAAUUUGAGACACGUAAUCCCGAUUACGAAGGUCAAUGCUGCGGAAAAUACUGCCAAUGGUCCAAUCUUUUCUCCUUCUUCCCAGUCAAAAGUUGCUCCCUUGGAACAUGGAUACCGGCCCUUUGUACCUGGAAAAAUUUUAAAGGUAGACCAUUCUCUGCAUCCUGUUUUGAAUGGGAGUAGACAGGUUUCUCAAGUCGGUCCAACAACUUCGGAGCCGAGCAAACACUCGAAUGGAGAUAAAUAUCCAGUGGCACAGGUUACUGGACUGAACAUUUCAUUGCAAAGGAAGGGUAACCGAGGUGGUCUCGGGUCACUAUUGGGAACCUCAGCCCCAAAGAGAAAAUUAGAUACCGAUAAAAAGGAUAAUGAAGAGAACAAGUUGGAUAAAAUUCGAUCCUCUGUUUGUCUACCCUUUCAUUCAUUCUCGGGAACGAGUGAACAGUCGAAGUCAGUUACAGAACCAACGACCAUGACUCUACUAAAAACUCAAAAUUCGGAAGCACCUGCUGCUGAGUCGACAAAAAGUUCGAAUAUUGAGCCUCCUGUGAUGCCAGUUCCAAAACCCUGCCCAGAAGAGGUUAUAUUGUUAGAAGAUGAUUCAGAUGAGGAGUUCGAAGAUGAAGAACCACAUCCUGUUGCAGAAAACACCGAUGAGCCGAAGUUGAAAGGUUUUAGUGCUAAUUCGCCUCUUGAAAUCGAUGGCGACGGAAAUGAUGAUGAAGAUGAACCAAUGUCCCUGUCUGAAUUGUCUUCUAGCUUUCAGAAAUGUUUGAAUUCAAAUGAACAAGCUAUGAACCUUGGAAAAACUGAUAAUCCAGGAAAACAAAGUGCCUUUUUGCAGAUCAAACCGUUCGACUAUGAUGCAGCUAGGAAACAAGUAGUAUUCGGAGAAGGUAUGGCAGAAAACUCGGAACCAGAAGACGACAAAGCUGUAAAGCCAUCAAAGAAUGCUGCUGGGGCCAACAAAGUUGUGAAGCCAUCAAAGAAUGCUGCUGGGGCCAAGUUAGAUUUAGGUCUAGAUAAAGUCGAAAAGAACAGUGGCGCCGCCGUGGAAUUACCGCAAGGAAAACGACGCCAUGCCUUCCCUGCAACUGGAAACCGAAGUGCAACUUUCCGCUAAAUCAAUGUAAGUGUUUUUUGGUCUGUAAAAUACAGACGUUGCUAGUAUGAUGAUGAUGGUAUUACUGGUCAUAUUAUGUCAAAAGUAUUAAAAAGGAAGAAGAAGAAAUGAAGUGUUGGCAAGUUGUAUUGAGAA